AGAGCCUCUCCGUCCCAACAAGCGCUUCACACAUCACAGAGGAGACGACAAUGAAGGCUCUUCUGCUGCUGGCGCUGGUCGCCCAGACCUCCGCUCUGCCCCUGCCCCCCACGGGGACAGACGACUGGCUUUUAGCCGAGAGGUACCUGCGUCGGUUCUACGGCCUCCCCCCUGGUCUCCAGGGUGGAGAGAGCUCCUCGGGCGCCUUUCAGACCAAGAUGAGGGAGAUGCAGACUUUCUUCAAACUGAAGGUGACCGGGAACCUGGACGACAACACUUUGGAGCUGAUGAAAAGCGCCAGAUGUGGCGUCCCGGACGUCGGGGAGUACAACCACUUCCCUCGACAACUCAAAUGGCCAAACAACAACCUCACAUUCAGGAUAUUAAAUUACACGCCGGACCUGCAGAAGUCGGCUGUGGACAAAGCCAUCCGCCAAGCGCUGAACGUCUGGUCCGCUGUCACCCCUCUGACCUUUAAGAAGCUGCACCAGGGCAACGCUGACAUCAUGAUCAGUUUUGGAAGUAAAGGACACGGAGACAACAGCCCCUUUGACGGGCCCAACGGACAGCUCGCUCACGCCUACCCACCGGGCCAAGGCCUCGGAGGAGACACUCACUUUGAUGAGGAUGAACGCUGGACCGUAGACUCAUCAGACUACAACCUGUUUCUUGUGGCGUCCCACGAGUUUGGCCACGCCCUCGGCAUGGACCAUUCCACCGACCCGGGCGCCCUGAUGUUCUCCAUGUACUCGUACUCGACAGGCUUCCCGCUGUCCCAGGACGACGUCGCAGGCAUUCAAGCUCUCUACGGCCCAAACCCGAAACGGGAAGUGAAGCCAAAGCCCGACGCACCCACCAGAUGUGACCCAGAGUUGAGCUUUGAUGCCGUCACAGAGCUCAGAGGGGAAACCCUCGUCUUCAAAGACAGAUUCUUCUGGCGUCUCCAUCCUCAGAUCCCGGAGCCCCACCAGACGCAGAUCAUGUCCACCUGGCCUUCCCUUCCCAACAAGGUGGACGCGGCGUACGAGUACCCAGAGAAGGAUCGAGUCCUCGUAUUCAGAGGGAUCCGAAUGUGGGCUUUGAACGGAUACAACGUCGUGGACGGCUACCCAAAGUACAUCCACACACUCGGUUUCCCCAAGACAGUGAGGGAAAUAGAUGCGGCUGUGCACAUCGGAGACACCGGGAAAACUCUGUUCUUCGCCGACGAGGAGUAUUGGAGGUUCGAUGAAGCGACGGGCACCAUGGACAGCGGCUUCCCGCGGUCAUUCGAGGACGACUUUCCAGGGAUGGGUGACGAGGUCGACGCAGCUGUGUAUCACAAUGGAAUCUUGAGUUUCUUCCACGAACAAAUACAGUACGAGUACAGUUACACCUCGAGGAAGGUCAUCGGCAUCAGGAGGACCAACUCCAUUCUUGACUGUUGAUGACAUCAUCAACGGUGACCUAAAGAUAAUUACAAGCCGACAUGUUAGAAAAUGAGACCAAGGAAGAUGCAGUUUAGUGAGCGAGAGGAUUAAAGUUUAUUUUCUACUAGUGCUGGACACCUGUAGGUGUAUAAGUUGUUAGACACAGAAUGCUGGAAAAUUCCUCAGAAAUAUAUUUCCUUUUUUUAAAUGUAUAUUUAUGGCACAUCUCUGUAUUUAGUACUUAGUUCCAAGGUCUGUGUGUAACAGUUUGGCUCUUUUGUGAGCUCAACAUUUGACCAGAGUACAUGUUUCACCAACUUUGAUAUUCCAACAAAGAGCUUAUUGAUGUAUUGCUUGUUUGUUUUAUUGUACGUUUUGUGAAUUAUAAUUAAAGCGCUGAAAAUCUGUUGAAUUUAAUUCAAA